GAGGUCGGCACAACCAGGUCGCGCGACCUGUACACAACUCGGCUUAUCUCCUCACAACACUGACUGCCGGCACAGUGCCCCAAUAACACAGAUCGGACAACAGCGCACAGCAAAGAAUGGCGGACACAAACGACAGGAAGGUCGCUAUCGUAGGGAGUGGCCUGAUUGGACGCAUCUGGUCCAUGAUAUUCACUGGUGCUGGGUACCGGGUGUCCAUAUACGACAUUAGUCCGGAGCAGGUUAAAGGCGCUCUGGCCUCUAUCCAGGAGUCCCUGGCCCGUUACGAGAAGCAGGGCAACCUCAGAGGCAAGUUGUCCGCCGCAGAACAAGCUCAGCUCGUCACCGGAAGUAGUAAUCUGGCAGAGUGCAUGCUGGGUGCCAGACACGUACAGGAAUGUGUUCCCGAAGAUGUCAACCUCAAGAGGAAAGUGUUUGAGCAGAUGGACCAGCAUGCAACAGGCAACAUGGUCCUUGCAAGCUCAAGCAGCUGCAUCAAGUCUUCAGAUUUUGCAGAAAAUUUGAAGCACAGAGAGAAUGUACUGAUUGCACACCCGGUAAAUCCCCCCUACUUCAUCCCGCUGGUGGAGCUGAUCCCCGCGCCAUGGACGUCCCCGGAAGUGACCCAGAGGACCCGGGCUCUGCUGGAGGAAGUAGGACAGUCCCCAGUCACCCUCAACAAGGAGGUUCCAGGCUUUGCCCUCAACCGCAUCCAGUACGCCAUCAUCAACGAAUGCUGGGACAUGGUCAAGUCCGGGGUGCUGAGUCCAAGUGACAUUGACCGAGUCAUGUAUGACGGGCUGGGGCCACGCUACGCCUUCAUCGGACCCCUGGAGACAAUGCACCUCAAUGCUGAUGGGGUGGUAGACUACUGCCAUCGUUAUGCUGCUGGUGCCUACAAGGUAUGCGAGACGUUCACGCCGCCCCCGGUGUUGUACGACAUCCCGACGGCAGAGACGGUACAGCAGGAGCUCAGCCAAACAAUUCCACUUGAAGGCCUUGCUGACAGACGGAGAUGGAGGGACGAACGCCUGGCCUCACUGGCCAAACUCAAGCGUGAUCAGAACUAAUACACCUGCACCAUAUUUGUGUGUCUGGGUGUGCCGUGUAUAUCCCGGGGCCCUUAGACUGGUUCCUGUUGGUGUCAUUGUCAACCUUCCAUGGUGGUCAUAUCGCAGGAACGAACGGGAACAAGUCUACCUGUGCCCUGUGCCUGUCUGUGUCGGAUCCAUGU